CAUGAGUCAAAAUUUCAAGUUCAUACAAUUCGGAAGACUGGCUACGUGUUGUUUUAUCUUAUUGAUGACAUAUAGUACGUGAUGUGGACUAGGUGACGGAUGUUUCCCGGAUUUCUUAGUUGAUUCGACCCUUUUUGAAUAGUAUUUUCAAGCAUCUCAAGUGAAAAUGUGGAGUGUUCAGUAUUAUAUUUUCUUAGCCUCUUUCGUGACAUUCGCGUUAGGCAGCCACUGGGGAUAUUCAGCUGAUUUUUAUAAUAAACUUUGUCCGAGUCUCGUCAGAAGUGAACAGCUAGAAUGUGGGGUGUAUCCCACGCACCACGUAGAAACUGAAUAUGAAAAGGCAACUUUUGGAAUGGGCUGCUUCUGGGGAGCAGAGUGUCUAUUCGGCGCUACUCUGGGUGUUUUGAACACAAGAGUUGGAUAUUCUGGAGGAACCACCCCUAAUCCAAAGUAUAGAAGUUUGGGCGAUCAUACUGAAGUCGUCGAGCUUCACUACGACCCCAAAGUCGUAAAGUUCGAGGACCUCCUUGAGCUCUUCUGGAACAACCACGAGUAUGGACUAACAACAAAAAUCAAGAAGCAAUAUGCUUCCUUGAUCCUCUACCAUACCGACAAGCAACGUGAAAUCGCUGAAAAGUCAUUGAAACAGGAACAAGAGCGUCGAAACCCUGAGGUCAUUACAACAUUGAUAGUUCCUGCCAGUGAAUUCUAUCCCGCUGAAGAUUAUCACCAGAAAUAUCGCCUGCAAUCCCAUAAAGAUUUAGCUGAAUCACUUGGUAUGACACCAGAACUGCUACAAACAUCCUACGUUGCGGCGAAGUUGAAUGGCUACUUAGUAGGCGUCGGGGGUGUAGAACAGUUCCAAAAAGAGGCUGACAAUUUUGGACUGACACCUUCACAAAAGGAAUAUGUAAGACAUCACGUUGAGGAGAACGAAGGUGGCGGUUUGUUCUGCUGACGACGCCAAAAGACCUGUAACGUAAAACUCAAGAAAUAUACGGAGAAAUGAGGGAGCUGUGAACGAAUGUGUGGAUAUCUGAGGAGUGAACGUUAGCGGAAGAAUCGGUUGAUUUGAUUUCAAAAAUUUUAAAUAUCCUUUUUUUUUGUAAAGAAGAAUUUUGAAGGAAUGCAGUGAAAUUAUUAGAUUUACUAGCAAAAGAGACUACUAGGAGUAAGUAGUUGAGAAUUGUAUUGUUUGUAAGGUACCCAAUUAUUGUAAA